AAAAGGAGCAUAUAUAUAUAUGCAGCUGAUAAAAUAUAGACCGGUUUAUGGUUUGCAGAGAUCUACCCCAAAAAUUGUGGAAUGUAUGGUACCAAAUAUAUUGCUUGUCAAAGGCCGUGUCAUGAAUAUGGCAAGGAACAAUUUUACAGAAAUUAUCGACAAGAAGCUCGCGAGGAUUAAGAUAAUCACGGUUCUAUUACGUCAGCACAAAAGAACGAAAAGUCGCGACAAUGACGCACGUUCUACUGGCCGGGAAUUUACCCAAUGCAAACAAAAACCAGAUUUAACAAACGACUCUUUCGAUGUGCAAACAAGUUUCGAGUACACGCCUGUCAAGCCUGCUCAAUCAUUCCUUUCGCAUUCGCGCAAAAUCACAUGGCCUCGAGGGCAUGAAGAGUAAACGAAAGGGAAUCCCGUCUGACGUCAUGACACUUCCCAUUUGAUCAGGCCAACAUGGCGCAGACCAGAAACUCGUGCUGCGAAGCAGAUAAAUGACUCUGUUGUGUACUCUUAAGUCUUUUGCUUGUCUGGCCUUUUGCGUGGAGAGUAGCUUUAAUUUGCUACUAGAAUAAAAAUUCUUGGCUGACAACCUCCAGUUUUGCUGCAGAUGUACCAUUAUGCCUCCGUAUCGCAAAGCUGUAGCAGACGAGAGUUAAACUGCAGCAGAUAUGCUAAGCUUCAUAUAAACCAUAGUCCGUCUCUUUCUACUUGGUUAAUGAAAAACGUGCUCGUGUAGACCAAGUUGAGUGGAUGUGAUAGAACUCGACGUGCAGUUUGAUUCCUGCGAAGAGGCAUGCUAAGUACCAUAAAUAUUAUCUUCCUGAAAAGAACUGUGGGCUUUUCCCCCUCGUUAGAUCAGAUAAUCCAUUUAUGUGAAACGAAUUGGUGCGUGCGAGGAUGGAAUACCUUUUAUGAAACAGUAACAGAACGGCUGUGACCGAAUCAACAUGUUUACUUUGAAAGUCGUAAAGGCAGAUACAUGUACUUAAAUAGGUGCAGUGGAGUGGAACGUGUGGAUACUCCGACCACUCGUCUCAAUCACGCGAAGGUUGAUCUCGUCGUAAAGGUUGUUCAUUUACCUCAUAGUAUUUAGGCGGUAUUUUGUUGAUGCAGAAAGUAGAUAAUUCAAAGUUCAAACCAGUCGGUUUCUUUAAAGUUGAAAUUGAAGUUACACCUCCCAAAUUCUGAUAAGAGCCAAGGUCAGGAGAACAUGGCUAGAAACAACAGUGAAGCCACAGUUGACCAGGGUAGCUACCUUCUGCAAGAUCAGGAUUAUGGAGGGGAAAUUUUAAGCAAGCUGAAUGCAUUCAGAAGUGAGUGUUUUUUUACAGACACUAUUUUGUGUGUUGGUCAUGAAGAGUUUCCUUGUCAUCGAAAUGUGCUUGCUGUCAGUAGCCCUUAUUUUCAAGCAAUGUUUACUAGUGACUUAAAAGAAAGCAGGGAAGUCCGAAUCUCUUUUAGUGAUGUAUCACCAUGGACUUUGAAACGUGUCAUAGAUUAUGCCUACAGUGGGCAGUUGGAGAUUACACAUGACAAUGCCCAGGAAAUGUUAGCAGCAGGCAAUCAUUUUGAGUAUCCUCGGAUAGUAGAUGCAUGUGCAGAAUUUUUAUGCCGUCAGCUGCAUCCUUCAAACUGUCUAGAGAUAGAGAACUUUGCAGCUUUGCACAACUGCACAAAAUUGCAGCAACGUGCAAAUGCAUUUGUGUUGGAGAAUUUUUUGCAGGUUGUUGAGCAUGAUGAGUUUUUGGAACUCCCUGUUGAUCGCCUCAAGUUGUACAUUAGUAGUGAUUUUAUUGAUGUCAGGAAUGAGGAGAGUGUGUAUGAGGCAGUCAUGAGGUGGAUUAGAUAUGACAUAGAUGAUCGUAAGGCUUUCCUGCCUGUUUUGAUGGAAGAGAUCAGGCUACCUAUGCUGGACAUGCAUAGUCUUAGCCUUAUUGAGCGAGAUCCACUUGUGGCAGCAUCAGCCGAGUGUUAUGCCAUGGUGGCCCAUGCACAGCAUUUUAAAGCUUCACAGGAGGGACAAGCUGGCAAGCGAAGAAAAAGCAUGCAAGACUCACAAGUUCAACCACGGCCAUCUACUGUGGCAAAAGAGGUGGUGGUUGUUAUUGGUGGGAUUCCAGUAGAUCGAUAUAUCACACAGACAGUAGAAAUGUUCGAUCUUCAAAAGGGCAAAUGGUUGACCCUGCCAGAUUUCCCCAAACCUGUGUCCUGGUUCUCUGCAUCUGUCCUUGAUGAUGCCAUCUAUGUGACUGGCGGCAUUCAUGAUGGUCACAUCAUCGCCAACACUUGGCGCUUUGAUGCAGUGAAGCACAAGUGGCAGGAAGCACAGCCCAUGCUGAAGCCACGUGCACGGCAUUCGUCAGCAGUACUAGAUGAUAAGUUAUAUGUCGUUGGUGGUGAGCGUUAUGAGCUCAUCAUGCUCAGUGUAGAGACAAUCGAAUGCUACAAUCCAGCAACAAAAACAUGGACUGCUGCUGGGCGCACAAUGUUUCCAAGGAAACAGUCUUGUUUGGUGCCAUACAACUCUACUAUAGUAGAAGUGGGAGGCCUUUUAGGGGAUGAUGCUAUUGCGGAUACCAUGAACAGCUACCAUAUUGUUGAGGGCAUGAUCAAACCAACUGGUGAGCAAUUCGUGUUGCCAAAGGCCAUCCAUUAUGCCCAGAUUGUGGUGAUUGGUGACAUUUUUUACAUUAUUUGGGAGGAUACCAAAGAGAUCAUUGCACUCAACGCUGCCAAAAGAACUUUCAAACGUCUUCCAGGUAUGAAAUAUGCUCGGAAGCAUAGUGGAGCUGUCAUGCUGAAUGACAAAAUUUAUGUGAUAGGUGGUUUAAUUGACACUAAACCUAGCAGUAUUGUUGAGUGUUUUGAUCCAGAAACAAACACCUGGACAGAAGAAAAAAGCUUGAUCGAAGGAAGAGCAAUACAUGGUUGUGUGAAGUUAAGGAUGUGUUGAGGGGAGAUAAAGCCACCAGUCCCUUACCCACUGCUUUUAUGAGAUUUGACAGAUGGGGGGAUUGGAUAUUGACCAUGAAAGCAGUACAUAAUGCAAACAGGGUCAUUAGCCACAAGUUAAUGUAUCCCCAGACCCCCUAUUCCCACUGUCUAAUUGUCAUGGUUUUCUUUUUUAAGGCUUUUGCUGCCACCUGCGAAGUCGAUUUCUUUUCUGCGUGUUUUGCAACUCAUAAAGAUGCUCUGGAAGUUCUAAGUGUUCUAAAAUCUUGCCGUUAAAAUCAGUUUUGAAUAAAAAGUACAUCAGAAAUUAGAAAAGUGAGCCUAUGUUAAAACAUGCAAGAUAACCAAGAUUGCUUAAAAUUUGUUCUUAAAUUUCAACUUGACUGAUUUUCUUUUUAAAUGCUGUGUUCCUAUAUUCUUUAAGGAGCUUUGUCAUUCCUCAGGACAAAUGAUAAAGUAGUAAUAUAUAAAUAAAAGUCAGAUAUUGUCACUGAAAGCUUUUAAAAAAGUGAGUUUCCUCGGAGAAGUAAAUGAAGCGUGAUGGUGGAUGUGACUUUAGGACACAUGAACUGCUAACGGUGCUAACUAAAAUGGAUAUAUGGGUGUAGUGUUAUCAUUUAAUAACAGUAAAGAUUUGAGCCAUGCUAACAUAGGUGUUGAUGACUUUUGUAUGUUUUUCUUUUUCACUGCAUUUGUGAAAUGGAGCUGACCAAACAGUAUUUAAUUUUUUUAUCGUAAACUCGUUAUUUUUUAUGCUCGCAGAGUAUUUUUUAUAGAGGGAGGGGUAGUGAUGUUAUUCUGAGAAGCAGAUGAUUGUUGUGGUAAUGCGCCUUCUUGCUACAUGUUGUGCUAGUAAAUGUUUGAAGUGCUUUAAUUCGAUUUAAAAUUGUGCUUACGUGGUAUGUGUUUUCUAAUGGUGAUAUUAUGUUUGCUCAUUUCUUCAUUUUGUUAAAACUGUUAUUUGAUAUUACUAUUUUUGCUUUAGUAAAAAGAAGCAUGUGUGAUCAUUUUAAACUUCUAGAAAAAAAUUUGUCAUGAACAAUAUAAAUUUGGCAUUUGCUGUUUGACAUAUAAAAGUAUGCUACCCACAUAGUGGUAACAUUUUUCAAAAGCCAUGGUAAAGAAAUUUAUUGCUUUAAGGUUCUUAAAGACCAACCUGAAUGGUUUGCAUUUUUUGCAGACAUCAGUAGAUAUAUGCGACAUAAACCUUAACUGUAAAUUUCAGCCUCCAAAACCAAUCUGUUAAUUACCAAAGUAUGCAAUUCGCACUUGCAAUCAAUGAGCGCUGCUAACAGUGUACUAUGUCACAUUGGUACACCAUUCACAACAUUGCCAGCCAUCAACACCAAUCAUAGCGACAGUUAAAGUUAUUCUGACGCUGAAAGUCUGCAUUUCUCAUGCUAAAGUAGCAGUUUUUCAGAACCAUGAGAAAUGCAGACUGCCAGCGUCAGAAUAAUCCUAACAGUGGCUCAUUCUCUAUCUUUGAUUGGUGUUGAUGGCUGGCAAUGUUGUGAAUGGUGUACCAACAUGACAUAGUAUACUAUUACAGCGCUCAUUGAUUGCAGGUGCAAAUGGCAUACUUUGUUAGGUGAUAAUUAAUUAAUGGAUGGGUUUUGGAGGCUGAAAUUUAGAGGUUAGUUUUGUACCACCUAUAUCUACUGAUAUCUGAAAAAACAAACCAUUCAGGUUGGUCUUUAAGGUUUUUUAAUGAUUUAUUUGAAAUUUCUUUUGCUGCAAUUUUAAAAUCAAAUAUGUACCACUACUACUGUUAAUUUUCACCAAAAGACUUGACCACAGUAUUGCUUGGAUAUGAAACAAUCAAGAUUUAUGAUGUUAAUAACAAGUGUUGAAAACAAAAUAUAGUAAAUGAUUUUGCAGUGUUAAGACUUUGAAGAUGCAGUGGUGAAGUGGUAUGAAGUGCUAUUAUAUGCUUGUAUAGCUAGGAGUAAGUCUAGUUGGAACAAAAAAUUUGGAACAUUGUUUGCUACUGCAUGAACCAAAAUAACAACAGCAAAAAGUAAAGAACUUGCUUUCCUUUUG